AUGGCCUCAACCCUCCCCCCAAACGGCCGCCUCGUCAAUAUUGGCACACACUCUCUAGCCAUCUACGCCCACGGCCCAGAGCCUAAUAGCCCGGCCGAUCCCGUUGUACUCUUUGUAUCCGGUAACAUCGCCCGAGAACUCGCCCUCCUGAUCGAGCAUGCGCCCAUCCCCAACCCGCUCGUUCUCGUGGGACACUCCUGGGCUGGUGUGCUCACGCACGAGUACUUCGCCCUCAAGGGCGCCAGUCAGGUCGCUGGUCUGGUCCUUGUGGAUGCGAACCAUGAGACGGCGCCGCUCGUGCUAGAUGUCAACGACCCUAUUCUCUGGACAAAGAUUGCCGCAGGAGUCAAGACAUACGACGGCUGGGGGUUGACGACGUCGCAUAAGCUCACGAAGGAAGAAUGGGACGCUUUCAUCGCGGAAGAGGCUACAGAGAAGCACAAACUGAUUGCGCAGCGGGAGGAUUCCGAGGGUUACUCGCAAAGUUUCGAAACGCUGAGGAGUAAGGGCUUGGCAAAGAGGCAACCACUUCUCGGGGACAAGCCAGUGUAUGUGAUUGUGGGCACGCGUAGCAGAGACUGGAGCGGGCUUUACGCUGCGGGUGUCGCGAAGGGGAAUGGGACGGAGGAGGAGAGGAAGCAUGUGAGAGAUAUGAUUGAGGGCGUUGAUGCGAAAACUGAGAAGCUCAUGAGGGAGUUUCUGCAGCUCUCUAGAAAGAGUGAUAUUGUGUUUGCGAAGGAGAGUGGGCAUUUCGUGCAAAUGACACAGCCAGAGAUUGUUGUUGACGGAGUGAGGUGGGUGCUGAAUAACCAACCGGCCACUGUGUAG